AAUCUUAUUUUUUGAACGAUGAAGAAAGGAAUUGUUCUAUUUGUGUUAUUUUUAUUCAUAAUAUUGUGCAAAUCAAACGAAGUUCCUGAAAUAGAAACAGGAUAUAGUACAGAAAAAAUGGAUUCCAGCGAAUUAGAUAAAACACUAAAACUUCUGAAUGCAGCAGAAAAAAAUUUGAAAAUUUUAACAAAAUCUGUGGUUAAAUUGGCUCUUCCAUAUUUAAUGAAACUUUCCGAAGAAACAAAUUUAACGUCGUCAUGUGUUAAGAGUGGAGUCAUGUUUAUGAGACAUUUAACACAGUUGAAAGUAUGGCCGUUACAAAUGUUGGAUUCUAUGGGAAAACCUUCAGCUGGUAUGUUAGGUAUAACUCCAUGGAUCAGGGGCGAUUAUGAUCAGUGCCUGAACAUUGAUAGCGGUCACAGUUCUAAAACGAGAAAUUCGAAAAAUAUUAAUGGAAAGUAUUGCGCAAUCAAAUUCGAAUUGCCUAAAAUAAGGAUUGAAACUGUAGAGUUAAUUUUAAAUUUUAGAAACAAUACAUUCCUUCAUCUAUUGGAAAAUCUUGUUAAACCAUUGUCAAUUAAGAAUUUACUUCAACAGUUAAGUUUUCUUGGACCAGAGUUACGUUUCGAUAUUUGCAUCCCAAGUGACUGUCAUGAAGACGAUUUAAAAAAUAUUUUAAAUUGGUUGCUAAGAGGUGAACUAUCAGCUAGAGUUGAUUAUUGCAAAGAGAAAAACCAGAAAGUUGUUUAUUCCACUGCUCAAGUGAUAUGUUUGUCGUUCUUCGGUUUGUUUUCAAGUUGGGUUGUCCUCGCAACUUUUGUCGAAUCUUUGAUGGAAUUUGGCAUUAUUUCCUCAAGUUGUAAAAGAGAUACUCUCACAAGGAAUUUGAUCUUUGUUUCGUUGUAUCAAUCAAUUCGUAAACUACAUUCUCACUGUAUAGGAGAAAGAACAGCUGCUUUCUGUGGAAUUAAGUUUCUUUUAAUCUGCAUAUUAGUUUAUUCGCACACUUUUUUAACGCUCCCUAAUGAAACAGUAGAAAAGUACAAGAAUAUUCCAGAGUUGUGUAACUAUAUUCCUGUGGAAAUAGCUUCUGCUGGUUUCGCAAUGAUGGAGACUUUUUUCUUUAUAAGCGGUUUUCUUAUCUCGUAUUCUUACCAGAACAGUGUGAAAACUGCGAUGGAUAUUUUCGUCUUAUUGAGAAAGAGAAUCAUCAGAUUAACAGUGCCAGUAUUUUGUCUUCUAGCAGCGACGAUUAUUUUACCUCUUCUAGGAGAUGGUCCUCAUUGGAAUGACCUGUUAAGCGAUGUUCAUGAUAUUGCAGAGAAUUGGCCCAAAUAUGUUUUUCAUUACAAUAAUUUCAUAGAACACACUGCUGGAAUUUCUCUUCGACUUGAUCAUUUAUGCGCUUUGUUUCAGCAAAUUCUUGUGGCUAUACCUCUACUCUAUAUAAACAACAGAUGGCCGAAGUACGGAAAAAUUAUCACAGCGAUGUUAAUUGUGGCAGGAGUUGUAUCACACGUUAUUAAUACAAAUGUAUACAAAGAUCACACAAUGUUUGGUUAUUCUACUGAUUACAGAAAACUUGUAAAUUACGUAAAUCAUAAUUACUGGAAACCUUAUUAUUCACAUCUCAACUCAUUUUUUACUGGAUUUUUACUUGGAAGCUUUCUGUUGAAAAAAAGAGAAAUUAAAUUUGCUCGUAAAACCCUUUUAGUAUUUUGGAUCGGUACUAUUAUAUUGAUAAUGCUGGCAAUAUUUGGAUUGCACGGUUAUAAAAGAGAAACGUCACCAAACGACAGUAUAGUGUAUUUACAUCACACGUUAUCGCCAUUUGCUUUUACUGUGGCCACGACAUGGAUUUCUGUUGCAUGCAUUACGGGAUACGGUGGUAUCUGUAAUCAAAUUUUUUCAUUGCGAAUAUUUUGUAUCUUGGAUAAAUUAAUUAUUUGGAUCUACAUGCUUCAUUUACUAGUUUUAAUGUAUAUCUAUGGUCAUUUACGAAAAGGUCUUUACGCAUCAGCAAUAACUCUGUGGAUGUUGUUCUUAAUGGUGAUGAUCCUAACUUUGAUAGCGUCGUUACUCAUGCAUUUAUUUGUGGAAACACCUUUGUAUUAUCUUAUUGAUAAAAUAGUUGAUUUUCUCUGUAAGAAGAAAAAAGUGGAUUGAAAGGAAAAAUGCAGAAUUGAUAAUUUGGGUGAAAAUCAAAACAACGACAACA